GCGCGGCUGCCAGUCCCGCGGGGCGCGCCGGCGGGGCGGGAACGGGACCGGGAGCCGGAGCGGGACCGGGAGCGGGAGUCGCAGCAUGGCGAGCUGCCGGCGGCUGAGCGGCGCGGGGCUGCGGGAGGUGCUGGGCCCGGCUCAGGGGCUGCUGUUCGACUGCGACGGCGUGCUGUGGGCCGGCGAGAGGGCCGUGCCCGGAGCCCCGGAGCUGCUGGAGAGGCUGCAGCGCAGCGGCAAGGCCGCCCUGUUCGUCAGCAACAACAGCCGGCGCUCGGUGGCCGAGCUGGAGCUGCGCUUCAGCCGCCUGGGCUUCCGCGGGGUGCGGGCCGAGCACGUCUUCAGCUCGGCGCUGUGCUCCGCGCUCUUCCUCAGGCAGCGCCUGGGGGCUGCAGCAGGAGGAGGGGAUGGAGGGGAUGGGGAUGGAGGAGGAGGAGGAGGAGGCCUGGUCUUCGUGCUGGGCGGCGAGGGGCUGCGCGGCGAGGUGCGAGCCGCCGGCCUGCGCCUGGUGGGUGAGGGGGAGGCAGGGGGCGAGGCGGUGAGGGCCGUGCUGGUGGGCUACGAUGAGGGCUUCACCUUCGGCAAGCUGGCGCAGGCCUGCGGCUACCUGCGGGACCCCCGCUGCCUGCUGGUGGCCACCGACCCCGACCCCUGGCACCCGCUCAGCGACGGCCGGCGGACGCCCGGGACCGGCAGCCUGACGGCGGCGGUGGAGACGGCCUCGGGACGCAAGGCGCUGGUGGUGGGCAAGCCGAACACCUACAUGUUCGAGUGCAUCGUGGAGCGCUUCGGCGUCGACCCGGCCCGCACCCUGAUGGUGGGGGACCGCCUGGAGACGGAUAUCCUCUUCGGCAAGAACUGCGGGCUCGCCACCAUCCUCACCCUGACGGGUGUCUCCCGCCUCGAAGAGGCGCAGGCCUACAUGGCCAGCGACAGUGCCGCCGCCAAGGAUAUGGUGCCCAAUUACUACGUGGACAGCAUUGCAGACUUGAUACCGGGCCUGGAUGAGUAGCAGCCUUCACACGCAAGGGCAGAGGGGUCGGGUUCCCCGUCCCAGAUCUCCAUCUGUUCCCAUUUCCCUCUCACCACCGUGUUCCCUCGUUUCCCCGUUUCUUCACGUUCUGGUACCCUUCUCUGGGGGCAGAAGGAGGGAGGGGCAGGGCUCAAGUUGCCUCCUUUCUGCUGGGAGCUGUCCGGGAUGGACAGAGUCCAUCCUCCCUCAUGUGCCAGCAUCUUUGGGAGAGAGCUGGAGGCCUUGAGGCUGACCUGAGGUCAAAUCGGUGUUUCUGUACGGCCUCUCCUGCUGCAGGGGUUAGGGAACAGCCGUCUGAGCAUUUUUCUCUUAGAUAACCAGCGGCGGCCUUUUACUGCUGUCCCUCCACUCGACUUUUGAGCUGCAUCCCCACAGCCCUCACAGCAACCCCCUCCUUGCAGGGCAUGUGGAAGGAGCGUGCUGGAGCGAUGAACGAGAACAUCUCUGCCUCCCACGAGCAGAAGAGAGCAUCACCUCGCCUCAUCUCUCCCCUCUUCCUUAGAUAUGUUUCCCCUAUCACCUCCUGCCCUGACUCGGUUAACAACCGUGCCGAUGUCUGUCUGAAGGACUGUGGAAAGGGAAGAGAGACUUGUCCUUGUCCCUUUUUUUUUUUUUUUUUUUGUGUGCCAAGCAACUCAGACAAGCUGUGGCUGCGCACAGUGGGUCUGUGGUUGUACUUCGUUUUCAAGCACCCUUUUCCAAAGGGGCUUGUGAAGGAGAGAGGGCUUCUAGACCUCAAAAGCACAGCAGGAGCGAACUGUACAACUCUCCCCUUCCUCCCCCUUCUCAGUGGAUUUUGCCAUGGUGUGGUGAGAGAAAAGGGCUGACGGGGGGGUGUCUGUGCUCCGGCUGCUGCUGUGCAGGUGAGAUGUUGUUGGUAUUGUCACUGCUGUGAAUGUGUCGCAGCCCUCGAACCAUUCCUUGCUGCUUCGUCUUUCUACGUUUGUUUUUUUUUAUUAUUAUUAUUUAUUGAUCUCAAUUAUCAGACUUAUUUAUUGUUCAGAUAUUGUAUUAUUUGUAUAAAUGAUGCUGACUGUUUGCACCAAGGGGGCGGGGGACGGUUUAUCUGGGCCUCCCUGGCUGUACACGUCCCGUGUUGAUGUUCUUACACUCACUGUGUCUCUGUAUAUAAUAAAGUGUGAGCGUAGGCUGGA